GAACCUGCCGACCUCUCUGCCGUGCGCGAGAAUGUCUGCCCAAGAUGUUUUGAUUUGGCUUCGGAGACAAACUAAAAGCCGAUUUGUUCGAUUUGGGUUGCCAUUUUUGACUAUGAUAGUUGGUGGCUCAUUUGGUCUGAAGUACUUCGCAUCUCUGAGGUAUGAAUUCAGCCGGAGAAAAAUGAUUACACAUGAAGAGGCUGACCAGUAUGGUGUGAAAAUGAAAAAGGAGAAAUCAUCAAUUGAGGACACAUACCAGAAAAUGAAGGAGGAAGACAUUGACACGUGGCAAAAUGUGCGAGGGCCACGACCAUGGGAGGACUCUAAAACCAUCCAAGCUGAGCUUCGAUCAGGACAAGCUACGAAUGCCAGUAGCUGAUAUUUGUUGGGAUGACUUUCAAGUCGUAUUUUCUAAAAUCUCCAAAAUUGAAAAGGUUACCAAUAGUAUUUGAGAAUUUAGGAUGACUUCAAAAGUGUUUGCAGCUGUGAUAGGGGCUAAUAUGAUCAUGUGACGAUGUGUGUUUGUGUAACGUUAUGAAAGUCAGUGGAAUGAAGGAAAUAAUAGAGCUGGUAGUCUUUUUGUUUGCUUAAUCAAGACAAAAAAAAGCAGACAGAAACCAGAACGGUAGUCCUGGGUUUUGGAGGUACAUUAAACCUGAGGACCAAGGUAUCAACUUAGACAAUUACUAGAGGAUAUUUCUGAUGAUGCGCAGACUUAUGACUGGGGGUUGCCAUUUUUCAAUUGAUAUUAAAAUGCUGAUUGUAAAAAUGUAUGAACAUGUAAGUGUGUAUUAAAUUCAUGCGUGUUUUUAU